CAAUGUGUCAACGUUUUUUCAAUCCAUUUUUACUACGCACUAAUUGUUGCGGGGAGAUGGCAGAAAACCUCAGAGGGUUGGCAGAAAAGGGAAUUGUGCGACCCCAUAUGGCAUGUAAGCAUCCCGGGAUGUUGCUAAUCAUCCAAAGAUGAGUCUUCCACUUUCAAAAUGUUUGUAUAACUCGUGCAUAUUGUUUUGAGGCACAAGAGGCUUUUUCAACGACGAAGAAAGCUCGCGCCAGAUUUAUCACUUUGCCUUGAAUUUGGCAUUUGUGUCAUGUCGUCACGUGCAUACACCGCUGCGUCGCAUCUACUCGAAGCGUCCACAAAACUACACCCGCACUCUUCGCGCUCUUUUCCGUCACGCAUGCAGGUCGUUAUAGAUCUCUAUUAUGCCCUUGUAUGUCCCCUCAUCGACUGCAACAUUUCUGUAACAAAUGAGCGACGACCACGACACGCGUCUCCUGCUCUCUCCUGAUCCCAGUGACAUCGCAGACGUUGCUCAAGUCAACGUCAGCGCAAAGCAGGAUCUGAAAUUCGAUGCACCAUGCCAUAUGGUCGUGAACAGCGAUGGGGUAAGUGACUUCUAUGUUGCGGUUUAACACCGUCUUAAGUGCUCACGCAUGUGAAGACUCCAAAAUAGUUGAUUGGCAAGACAUGACUAAGUUCGAGCGGGAGCGGACCAUGCAAGUGUUGACUACACUGAAUCAGUAAGUCGUCCAGCACGUUUCCAGCGCGUUGCACUGUUCCGAGCGAUCUGCUACCCUGACAUUGACAUCCUUCUGUUGUAGAAGCCGCAUUGCGAAUCAGGAAAGGAAGCUACACAAUCGAUGUGAUCCGUACGCCUGUCCCAAGUCUAUCAGGCAAAA